AUGGGUUUUCGUCUACCUGGGAUCAAGAGGUCUUCCUUUGCUACAAAAUUGACUUCUUCAAAAUCUGGUGAAGUGCCAAAGGGUCAUCUGGCAGUGUAUGUUGGAGAGGAAAUGAAGAGAUUUGUGAUCCCAAUAUCAUACUUGAAUCACCAUGCGUUUCAAGAGUUGUUAAGUGAAGCUGAAGAAGAAUUUGGAUACGAUCAUCCAAUGGGUGCCCUUACUAUUCGUUGCACAGAAGAUGUCUUUCUAAAUGUCACUUCUUCCUUCAGUUGGUGCUAGCUUGUAAAGAU